CUUUUCAGGGAUGCAUUUGAGAAGACAUUCUUAUUGCCACAAUUUGAAAUGAAGGAGAUAAUGAGCAUUGGAGGCAUGAGUUGAUGGUUGUCAGAUAGAACCAUCAGUUGAGGUGCUAGCUGAUGAGCAAGGAGCUCCAGCCAAGAUUGAAGUCUUCACAUGGCGAGCACGUGCGUGCUUGUGACAGUUACCGUUUUGUAUUGGGCUGCCUUCCUGGUUGGCUUCUUUGUCUUCAUUCCUCUCCUCUUGGCCAGAAAUGAGUAUGAUAUAGUGCUGCAUCAUCCCGAGGGGCAUGAAAGCCCAGGCUGCAUGCUGUUUGUUACAGUGGCAGGCAACAGCUAUGAGCAAAAAGGAUCCAAUCGGAACAUCUGUCACACAGCUGUCUUCCUUCCAUUGGCUGUGAUUGGAAUUAGUGCACUGCUUGGCUCCUACUUCACCUACAAGUCCUGGAAGGUUGUCACCAGUCUCAACAAAGAUAUCUCGUACAAAACAAGUGUUUGGCCAUUCCUCCUGCUGAAUAUAUUGGUGACCAUUGUACUGGGAGUUUGUGCAGCAGUCACAAGUGCUGGCUUUGUUGAGACAUGUACACAGAUCCGGAGGCAUUUAAUGGGAGAAGAGCUCUCCAUCUAUGAAUAUGACCAAGACAGGUGGAAAACUUAUACCUACGAUCAUGAACGAUGGGACAACACAGACCCUGCAUGGAACAGAAAUAGGGAAGAGUGGGAGGAACGGGAACGAUUGGAAAACCGAAGACAGUGGGAUUUGCAAAGGCAUCGAGUGAAACAGCAGCGGAAUCCAUACGAGUACCAACCCUCCGAACGAGUUGGUUAUCGAAUCCAGGACCUCAACUGUUUCGAUCAUGUGCGCUACACAGCUAAUCGCCAACUGGAUCUCACUGCACUCAUCUACAUUUCUGUGUUCAUGUACUGGUGUGAAUUCCUCCUCUGGUUGGUGCUUGUGGUGCUGCAAGUGGUGCGGCUUCGGCUGAGAGCACGGCAGAAACGCCACCUCCGCGAGAAAGAGCUCUCGCAAUUCACUCCACUUGAGGAAACUGUAGUGAGGGAGAGCUUCUUGUGAAUUCCACUUUCUUCCCAUGUCUCAUUUUUCAAUUUUGAUGCAAGUAGUGGUCUAUAUGGUCUCUUCCAUUCUGUAGAUUCCACUGUGAUAUAUGCCCAAUGAUGUGAUGUUUCCAUGUUGUUUUACGUUUUUUUUGUGCUGAAGUAUUCCUAGAGCUCGUAGAAAUGCAGUCUUACCACAUCUUUCUAUAAAAAGGACAUAGGAUA